GUACCUGCUCGCCGUUUUCCUGUUUCAUUUCUUUUCUCCUCUUCUUCACAGUUCCUACCUAGUUCGUACAAACAUUUUCUAGUCACAUUCGCUGGUGGAAUUGUUCAUCUCAGAUUGGUUUUCUUUAUUCAUCUUUUGUUUGGAAUAGUAACUGCAAUGUUCUUUGGUCGUAGUUGUUACCUUAGAAUCGGAAAAGCAAUUGCCUUUGAACCCACCAGCCAUCUUUUUGAGCACCCAUUAACCUGUGUGGAGCUUGCUGCAUUUUUCUCAUCAUUUUCUUCAACAAGCUCUGACCCCAGUUCUGAUUUUGACUCUAAAAUCAAAGCUCGUUCUGUUGAAAGUGAUGAUUUUGAUGCUACCAGUAAUGGGUAUGAUGGAGUUGGGAAAUUGGGUGCUCCAGAUUUGGGGGACUGGAGUUUCUUAGGAAGUACGAAGAAUGAUUGCGAAGAUGAUCAAAGCUCUAAAUUUGAUAUCUUUGAUGACAUUGAAGAGCCUGAUGGUGAAGAAGAAAAGGAUAGUGAUGACGACGACGACGAUUUAAUGGUGUUGGGUUCGUCGAAUAGGGUUAAUGAACAAAAGGAAAAUUUUGUUAGAGUUGAAGGAGAUGAAGAUGAGUUUAGGCACCCAUUGGUGAGAGAGGUUUGCAGGUUACUUGAGCUUAGGUCAGGCUGGAACCCAAAGCUUGAAGGACAAUUAAGGAACUUGUUAAGAAGCCUGAAGGCAAGGCAAGUUUGUGCUGUGUUGAGGUCUCAGGCUGAUGAGAGAGUUGCUCUGGAAUUUUUCUAUUGGGCUGAUAGGCAGUGGAGGUAUAAACAUUACCCAGUUGUGUACCAUGCAAUGCUUGAGGUGCUUAGCAAGACUAAGUUGUGCCAAGGGGCUAAGAGGGUUCUUCGGCUCAUGGCCCGCAGGGGAAUUGAGCGUAGCCCUGAAGCUUUUGGCUAUGUGAUGGUUUCGUAUAGCCGGGCCAGCAAGUUGAGGCAUGCCAUGCGUGUGUUGACGUUGAUGCAGAAAGCUGGGGUUGAGCUUAAUGUGUCAAUAUGUAACACUGCAAUUCACGCAUUGGUGAUGGGGAAUAAGUUGGAGAAGGCGUUGAGGGUCUUGGAAAGGAUGCAACUUGUUGGAAUUGCACCAAAUGUUGUCACUUAUAAUUGUUUGAUAAAGGGGUAUUGUGAGGUGCAUCGUGUUGAAGAUGCAUUGGAGCUGAUUGAUGAAAUGCCAAGCAGAGGGUGCCCUCCGGAUAAAGUUAGUUACUAUACUGUGAUGGGUUUCCUUUGUAAGGAGAAGAGGGUCAAAGAAGUGAGGGAAUUGGUUGAGAAGAUGACCAAGGAUGGUGGAUUAUUACCAGACCAGGUUACUUAUAAUAAUCUUGUCCAUAUGCUUUCUAAGCAUGGUUAUGGAGAUGAGGCUGUUGAGUUUUUAAGGGAAGCUGAAGAGAAGGGAUUUCGGUUCGAUAAGGUUGGGUAUAGUGCAAUAGUACAUUCGUUCUGUAAGGAUGGUAGGAUUGACAUGGCAAAAGAAAUUGUGAAUGAAAUGUUCUCAAAAGGUUGCACACCAGAUGUUGUAACAUAUACUGCUGUUCUCAAUGGGUAUUGCCGGCUUGGGAAGGUGGAUCAAGCUAAAAAGAUGCUUCAGCACAUGUACAAGCAUGGUUGCAAGCCAAAUACCGUAUCAUAUACGGCCUUAUUAAACGGGCUUUGUCGUAGUCAGAACUCAUUAGAGGCAAGAGAGAUGAUGAACAUGAGCGAGGAAGAAUGGUGGACACCAAAUGCCAUCACUUAUAGUGUGCUGAUGCAUGGACUCCGUAGGGAAGGGAAACUGGUUGAGGCCUGUGAUAUGGUCAGAGAAAUGGUUAAUAAGGGUUUUCUCCCUAACCCAGUUGAAAUUAAUUUACUAAUUCAGUCUCUCUGCCGAGAAGGGAAGAUAAAUGAGGCUAAACGUUUCAUGGAGGAGUGUCUAAACAAGGGGUGUGCUGUUAAUGUUGUCAAUUUUACAACUGUUAUUCAUGGAUAUUGUCAAAAGGAUGACUUGGAAACUGCUUUGUCAUUGCUUGAUGACAUGUAUCUCAGCAACAAACAUCCAGACGCAAUCACUUAUACGACAGUGAUCAAUGCGUUGGGAAAGAAAGGUAGAAUACAAGAGGCAACCAAACUUAUGAUUGAGAUGCUGGGUAAGGGAUUGGAUCCUACUCCAGUCACAUACAGGACAGUCAUCCACUGGUAUUGUCAAACGGGUAGGGUGGACGAUUUAGUAAAAUUAUUGGAGAAGAUGUUCUUAAGGCAAAAUUGCAAAACAGCAUAUAAUCAAGUGAUUGAGAAGCUUUGUAGUUUUGGGAAGCUUGAGGAGGCUGAUAAACUACUGGGUAAGGUGUUGAGAACAGCUUCAAGAGUUGAUGCUAAGACAUGCCAUGUUCUUAUGGAUAGUUAUUUGAGAAAAGGGACUCCUCUAUCAGCAUACAAAGUGGCUUCUCGAAUGUUCAAUCGGAAUCUGAUUCCUGAUUUGAAGUUAUGUGAGAAGGUGACCAAGAGACUGAUGUCAGAAGGAAACUCCAAAGAGGCAGACAACCUUAUGUUACGGUUUGUUGAGCGUGGAUGCCUAUCACACCAACAUCAGGAACAUUUGCAAAGCUAACAAGAACUGUUCUGAGCUCAGACUGCAAAGAGUAUCAUUUUUCUCCACUCAGCAUUCUCUGCUGUUGAGAUUCUGUCUUCCAGGGCUUUAAUAUGAUGAGGAGGUAACAUUUACAACGUCGGAUCUUCACCUGAAUAUUUGUUUAGACGGGAACAUUUACCUAGCGAUGCGCAUAUACUUCGUAGUGGAACCCGACAGUGGAAUAAGAGACUUGGUACUGCAAUUACAUCAUUAUGCACAUGUUCGGGAGCGCACGUUUGACAACAGCAGCUGUGCCAUCAUAUAGAGGAAUCUGUUUCUGGUUAUCUCAGAGGCUUGCUUUCGAAGAUCCCGCUUUUUUGAGCUUUCAGUUCAUGGUUUCAGGAGACUGUUUCGUUAACUCGUAAGUUCGUAACAGAUUCCAGCACCUAGUUAGAUAGCAAUUGGAAGAGUUUUGGUCCUAGUCUUUC